AACCAACUAUCUUUAUAGCAUGUGUGUAUGGCGUAUUAAUGAUUAAUUACGUUGGUAAUUAUUUGCCAAUUGGAAAAUUAAUAUUCAAUUUAACUAUAGCAAUAUACUAAUAUUGAUAUUAGUUACUAUUUGUACCAAAAUUAAAAUUAGCACAUUUAAUUUCUUUAAUGCCUUAUGUUUUGCAAUUAUAAACUUUUGAUGUUAAUUUUCACGAUGCUGUUAUUUCAAUACAGUUACCUGGGAUCAACAAAAUUCAAAUUAUUAUUAAAUAUUAAUUUAAAGCAAAAUGUCUUGCAAUUAUGCUGAUGGUUUAUCUCCGUAUGAAUAUAAAGGGGAAGUUGGUAUGAAUGAAGUUUUCGAUACUCCUGAAGUUUUAAAACAAAAGAUUUCACUUCUUGCUGAGUGGAUCAAAGAUUCUAAAUAUACAGUUUUUCAUACAGGUGCUGGUAUAAGUACAUCAGCUGGUAUUCCAGAUUUUAGAGGACCAAAAGGAGUGUGGACUUUAGAAAAAGAAGGAAAAAAACCAGAAGUCAGCUUAGAUUUCAAUGAUGCUAAACCAACAGUUACACAUAUGGCAAUCAAAAGCUUGGUCAAAAAAGGUUACGCAAAAUAUGUUGUCAGUCAGAAUAUAGAUGGUUUGCAUUUGAAGUCAGGAUUACUUCGUCAACAUGUUUCUGAAGUUCAUGGAAAUAUGUUUACUAUGAAAUGUAACAAAUGCAAAAGGAGCUAUGUGAGCAAGACUGCUGUAAAAACAGUUGGGCAACGAUGCUUGGACAUAAAAUGUUUUGGGAAAAAUAAGAAUGGCCAUCAAUGCCGAGGUGUUUUGUAUGAUACAAUAUUAGACUGGGAACAUCAGUUACCUAUUGAAGAGUUAGAGCUAUCGGAGUUACAUUCUAAAAUGGCUGAUUUAUGCGUUUGUCUUGGAACUUCGUUGCAAAUUCAACCAAUCAAUCUGGUUCCAUUUAAUGCAAAAAAAAACAAAGGAAAAGUCGUUAUUUGCAAUUUACAAAAAACUAACUGUGAUCGGAAAGCAGAUUUAGUUAUUCAUACAUAUGUAGACAAUCUGAUGAAGUCUCUAAUGGAUAUCCUUGGAGUAGAUAUUGACGAAUACGACGAGAUUAAAGAUCCAACAAACAUAAAUUAUGAAAUCACUGAUUGGACGAUUUAUGAAAUAGAUUUAAAGAAAGUACGAGAUAUUAAAAAAAACACUACAAAAUCAAAAAAAAGAAAAAAGUCUGAAGCUAAAUUUUCUAAUCCGGAAUCGGAAACAGUAACAGAAUUGCCCUGUAAUAAUCAAAUUCUUAAACCAUCAAAAAUUUCUAAACUCAAUAAUAUUGAUAAUAUUAUAAAAUAAUAACAAAAUAAUUAAGUUCAUUAAUUAUAUUUAUAAUAAUUUUUUCUAUAUAAAUCAUCCUCUAAUAUGGUUCGUAACAAUUUCUAAAAAAAAUUACAUUGAAAAUACUUAUAAAUAUGAUAUUAAUCUAAUUAUAAUAAUGUCAAAAAUACAAUACUAGGUAUACAGUUGUUGGAAAUAGCGCACUGUUGGUUUGCGACAUUUGAAUCAGGAGAAUGCCGCUGUGUGAAUUGGCCCUAUCGAGUGACUAUAGUCUUGAACAUGGCGGCACUAAACAAUUCCAUAACUAGGGUAAACAUUUAUAUUAACUCAGUUUGGGGUUUGGUUUCCAUGUUUUGUGGUGGUUUGUACUUCAGAUCACAAGUGCUGAUUGUUGUGUGCUAUAAUAAUGCACUAUUUUUUUUUGGUUAUAGCUUCAAUAAACAAUACUAGAAUAAUUGUCCAUUGUAGAUUAUAUACUUUUGUACUUGCUAUCACUUUAUAGCAUGAACUGGAACAUUUAUGGUUUUUUUAGAUUCGGUAACAAUUUGGUUGUUAGAAGAUCAAAAUCGAUAUGUGUUUUUUUUUGUUUUUAAAAACUUUAAAUUCCAGUUAGGUUUUAUAAAAAAAAAUAUUCAGUGUCAUCUAAAUUCCUCAAAAAUGAAGUGUCACUUCACGUCAGUUAUGACAGCUUGGCCUUAAUUUCAAACAGGUAUUCCAACAAUUGUUAAUGACUUUCUGCGGGGUACUACAAAAGAAAAAAAAUUACCUAUCAUCACUUCAACUCAUGUACUUUAUUCAUAUAACCCUUAAUCUUUUUAUUUUUUUUAUUUAUUCACUGCUUGCACUUUUCCAUAUUUUAUAACAACAAACAUCAAUAUACUACUUAUAAUUUAUAAAUCAUUAAGAAACCCUUAGAAAGUGUACAGAUUUUUAAAGUUAAAAUGAUAAAAUGAUUAAAUAGUAUUUUAUUUCAUAUAUAAUAUUACAUAAUUAUUGAAACUAAAAAUAUAAAAGUAUCGGUUUCAUUAAAAUUCCAGUUUUAAAAUUAUUAUAAAUAAAGGUUCCAGUGAGGUUCUGAUUUUUAAAAUAUUUAAACAAAGGUUUUGGUUCUGGUGCCCAUUAUUUUGAAAGGGUUCAGGUUCUUUUUGGUUCUGUUCAAACUACUUUUACAAACAUUUAAAGUUUUGAACUAUUAAAAUAUUUCUAGUUUAUCUAAAACUUGAUACAAAAAAAUGUAUUAUAGAUUUAUACAGUUUACACUUAGUAAUAAAAUACAAAAAUUAUGUCACUGCCGUAUACACAACUCAAGUUUCAAUAAAUUUAAACUGCCUAUGCAGUGGUGUGCUCAGCUUUUUUGAAGGGGAGGGGAUAAUAUUUUUUCACUAUUUUCAUACUGCAGACAGAAGAAUUAAGUCAAGAUCAAUAA